AUGGAGGCUUCCGGAGUCAGCAGCAAAAGGCCUGCGUGUGAUAAUUGUAAAGACAGAAAGCGCGUCCUCAUCUCGCCCCGCUAUGAUGAGGCCAUUGAAAGUGUUGACCGCUCGCUGAAGGAAGUGUCGCAGGCGGUGCAGCAGCUACUCGAAAUCAACAAGUUAAAGUCGAACUCAUCACCACUCGUCUCCCCAACAUCCUUCAUCGGCAAUCACUCCCCCAACAUUCCAGACCUUUCUGAGGGAUACAGAGGCGAAUCUUCAUUUAAAGCGCAUGUUCACCGGGUCACGGAUGCACUCAAGGAUGCAGCUGCAGACCUAGAGUCGACCUUGGGCGACGAUUCGGCGCUCUCUGCGACCGUGCAAAGGAUCAACCAGGCUACGGGCAGUGAAGAGAGUAGUCCCGCUCACAUCAGCAACUCUCCAUUGACCGCGCAAGCCCAGCAUCCCGAGUUGGAGGGCAGAAGCCUUCCGUCGACUGAGCGCGUUCUGAAGCUCGUUCGACUGUGUCAGACUGAAAAGCAGCGGUUUUUCAUCGACGUCCCCGUGAUUGACGAACAAGAGUUUGGACUCAAACGCCAUCAUUAUCCCCUGAUCGACAUCAACGAGUCAGACAUCGAGGCGUACUCUCAACUCCUCAAAGCCAACCUUGAAGCUGCGAUACAGUCUUUGAGACUUUGCAGCGACCCUUCUACACAAGCAUGCCAAGCUCUAGCAGUCCUGUCUAUCGGACAUAACCCUCCCGACGACGAUCUCUAUAAGGCGCUUGCCGUGCUGCUCGACUUCAUGAUGUACGGUCUUGUCACGAUAGCUUAUCGUGUCAUCCCAUGCGAUGAAGCAAGCGAUAGUCCACUGAAAUGCAGCAACGAAUGCACGGAGGCUGCUCGAAGUGCCCUUCGUACAAUUGUGAGGGCAUUCGAAUCCUGGGGCCAUCUCAGAAUCACUGGAUGGACAAUGCUCCUCAACAUGAUGUUCUCUCUAGUACCCUUUGCCAGCUUUGUAGUGCUCGCGGGACACACCGUGGCAACGGCGUCCGAAGAGGACCUAACACUCCUCUGCAGCGCAGUCUCUGCCAUUGAACCCACAUCAAUCAGCUCGCCUUCAGCCAAGAAGCUGUACGAUGUGUGUAAGACGUUCUAUGAGCUCGCUAGCUUUGCUGCCAAGCGAAGAUCCUUGAUAAGCAAGAGGCCACCGCAUACAGAGCAGGUGUAUGGACAACGGGAACUUGGGGAUAUUCCUUCUCUACCGGAGGUCAAUUUCGCAGUACCUCCGUACGAUCACAUCAUGGCUCCUCAAGACUGGGACGCCGUGAUGAAUGAGUUUGAUCUGGGCACUGGAGCCAGCGCUAUGGCUUCCUUUGUAGAACCUUACAUACCUUUUGAUGGUAGAUUGCCCUGA